AUGUCCAAAACUGUACGAUUUGCGGGAGUUACUAGCAGGGAAUAUGCAGAGUCUGUGGCCACUGACGUCCUCCAGAAGCGACAGGAAAGAAAACUAAGAAAAGAUAAAUCCAGUAAAGGAAAGAAGAAGCCGAGAAGUAGAAGAUCAAACCCUGCUCAAGGAAUAUCCGCAAAUGGAUUGAGAGUUGCAGGAGUUAACCGAGGAUUACUUUCAGAAUUCAUAAUUUUUAUGCUCCUACAAGGAUUCAACUUAUUCAGUAAUUCGUGGGUUUUAAAUGAAUCUCUUAGCGUUCUUAACAAGGUUGAAAAAUACGAAAAAUAUCCCAACGUUUCCACGAUAAACAACACAGUUCCAGACCUCUGUGCUAACGUGCAGUGGGCUAGAGAGAAGAUCAGUAACGAGAUAAAUCAUUUCUCGUCCGUUAUAUACGUCUAUUGUUUCUUCCUUGCCGUGUCUGCUUGUAUCUUCACCUUGCAUUUGUUAGCUUGGUUGUACACGCUUCAACUAUCUUUCAGAAGUCGACGAUUUAACGCCAACACCCAAGAGACUUUAGUAAAGAUGAAGGUGUACUUUCUCAUUGCUGCCAGCCUGCUGCAAGAUAUCCCAAUGUCUACAAUCUCGGCAGAGCUUUAUUCUCUGCAACAAGGCCAGCAAGGUUUGGUUUGCUGGUUCUGCAAGGUCUCAGGCCUUUGUCCUGAGUUGAAGCAGCUUGAAAGCAGGUUGAGUCGGGGCACAACGGCACUCUGGUUAAAUUUCACCGCAAUUGCGCUCACUUCUCUUUGGAAGGGCAUCUCAAGCUUUUACAGGUGGAGCCGAAUCGACACAUGCGAAGCAUUCUAUUUGCGAGCAUGCACGGCUGUAUUUGCGGGAUUUCUGUACUGCGUCGUUAUACUCACGCCAGCCAUGACAGUGCUCAGGUAUCGCUACUUUAUCGGAAUAGACGGUGGAUUGCUCGAGGACGUUAUAGAUAGAGUCUACAUAAUCGGUGCCAUAUUUUGGGUUUUGGUUGUUGCUGUUAUUGUCUGUUGUCCGUUGUUGAAUCUUAUCAGAGUAACGCAAUGA